AUGUUCAGCAAAAUCGCAGCUUUCGGUACCAUGUUGGCCGCAGCUAACGCUGGUGUUUUGGCCGGACACGGCGGCGCUGUCUCUUCCCAAAGUAUUAUCCGCCACGAUGCUGUUCAUCACGCUGCUCCCGCUGUUGCAUACGCUGCAUAUGCUCCCGUAGCAUAUGGACAUUAUGCUGCCCCAUCAGCCCACUACGACGGUCAUGAUGAAUAUAUCGCAGCUUUCGGUGCCAUGUUGGCCGCAGCAAACGCCGGUGUUCUCCCUGGACACGGAAGCGCUGUUUCUUCCCAAAGCAUUGUCCACCAUGAUGCUGUUCAUCACGCUGCUCCGGCUAUUGCAUACGCUGCUCCCGCUGUUGCAUACGCUGCAUAUGCUCCCGUAGCGUAUGGACAUUAUGCUGCCCCAUCAGCCCACUACGACGGUCAUGAUGAAUAUGCCCACCCCAAAUACGACUUCGCUUACUCAGUAGCAGACCCUCACACCGGUGACCACAAGUCACAGCAUGAGAGUCGCGACGGUGAUGCCGUCCAUGGAUACUACUCCCUGGUACAGCCUGAUGGCUCCGUACGUAAAGUGGAAUACUCUGCUGAUGAUCACAAUGGUUUCAAUGCCGUUGUUCACAACUCAGCUCCAUCAGUCCAUCCUCAACACGCCUACAGCCACUACUAUUGA